CGGCAGAAGUGGAGGGCGUCGUUGACUUACACCAGCUCCAGGGUAGUCACCUGACAACACGAUUCGGCUGACUAAGGAUUUUGACCGCGAUGUGCUCCAGCCUUUCCAGACGACCUUAGGUGGCAGAAAAAAGCUACGCCGAAGCUUUUGUCGGCAUCCAGCAAACCGCGACGACGUUAGCUCUUCCUCCCUCCCCGCCCCCUCAAGUCAAUUUUUCUAUACUUGCCAGCUAUUGGUAUAUGGAGCCGCGCAGGCUUACUGCGCAUACGGGGAUAUAAGCCAUGGCGACCACAUCCAACAUGUUCAUGUACUCCCUGACGAUCCAGCCACCGUCCGCCGUCAUCCAAGCAAUCGUUGGUCACUUCUCGGGAACCAAAGAACAGCAAAUUGUCACGGCAUCUGGGUCGCGACUGACGCUAUUGCGACCAGACCCGAACUUGGGAACUGUCCAGACUCAUCUCGAACAGGAUGUCUUCGGCAUCAUCCGCUCCAUUGCCGCCUUCCGACUCGCUGGCACGACCAAGGACUAUCUCAUCCUUGCUACUGAUUCCGGUCGAAUUGCGAUUGUUGAAUACUCCCCGGCGCAAAAUAGAUUCAACAAGAUUCAUCUGGAGACAUUCGGCAAGUCGGGUAUCCGCCGCGUUGUCCCAGGACAAUACCUCGCAGCCGAUCCCAAGGGUCGCGCAUGCCUGAUUGCCUCUGUCGAGAAGAACAAGUUGGUCUAUGUUCUAAACCGAAACUCACAAGCCGAACUUACCAUUUCCUCGCCUCUCGAAGCACACAAGCCUGGCGUGCUAGUUCUCGCCAUGACGGCCCUAGAUGUUGGCUACGCUAACCCGGUCUUCGCGGCGAUCGAAAUUAACUAUACCGAUGUCGACCAAGACCCGACGGGCGAAGCUGUCGAGGAAACGGAGACACAGCUGGUAUACUAUGAGCUAGACUUGGGUCUUAACCACGUUGUUCGCAAAUGGUCAGAACCUGUCGACUCGACAUCAUCCAUGUUGUUCCAAGUGCCUGGAGGCAACGAUGGCCCUAGCGGUGUCCUUGUUUGCGGUGAAGAAAACAUUACGUACAAACACUCCAACCAGGACUCUUACCGAAUUCCAAUCCCCCGACGACGUGGAGCAACCGAGGACCCGCAAAGAAAACGAAGUAUUGUGUCUGGCGUAAUGCACAAGCUCAAGGGCAGUGCUGGCGCAUUUUUCUUUUUGCUUCAGAGCGACGAUGGAGAUUUAUUCAAGGUCACACUAGACAUGCUACAAGAUGAUGAUGGAAACUUGACAGGCGAGGUUGCCCGACUAAAGAUCAAAUACUUCGACACUAUCCCUGUUUCAACGAGUCUCUGCAUUCUUAAGAGCGGUUUCCUUUUUGCCGCUUGCGAAUUUGGAAACCACCACUUCUAUCAGUUUGAAAAGCUAGGCGAUGAUGACGACGAGCUUGAAUUCAGCAGCGACGACUUUAAGGCCGACCCGACGGCACCAUACGACCCAGUCUACUUUUACCCCCGAUCUCUCGAGAAUUUGGCCUUGGUAGAGAGUGUCAAUGCGAUGAACCCUCUGAUGGACUGUCAAGUGGCUAACCUCGCCCGCGAAGAAACUCCGCAAAUCUAUUCGGUCUGUGGUAACGGUGUACGAAGCUCUUUCCGAACCUUGCGCCACGGUCUUGAGGUGAACGAACUGGUUGAUUCCGAACUCCCGGGCACACCGGCUGCUGUCUGGACUACGAAGCUCACGAGCAGCGACGAAUUUGAUGCAUAUAUUGUGCUUUCGUUUGCGAACGAGACAAUGAUUCUUAGCAUUGGUGAGACCGUCACUCAAGUCACAGAUUCUGGUUUCUUGUCGUCUGUUCCCACCCUGGCUGUCCAGCAAGUGGGUGAAGACAGCUUGAUCCAAGUUUAUCCUAAAGGCAUCCGACAGAUCCGAAACGGACAAGUUAACGAAUGGUCUGCACCCCAACAUCGCUCCAUUGUUGCAGCCGCUACAAACGAGAGACAGGUCGCCAUUGCCCUCAGUUCCGGUGAAAUCGUCUAUUUCGAAAUCGACAGCGACGGCUCAUUAGCCGAAUAUGAAGAUAAGAAGGAGAUGCAAGGAACAGUUACUUGCUUGAGUUUAGGUCAGGUUCCUGAAGGUCGCUUAAGAAGCUCAUUCCUGGCUGUUGGCUGUGACGAUUGUACCGUCAGAGUUCUCAGCCUUGAUCCCGAGUCUACUCUAGAGAGUAAAUCCGUUCAGGCUCUGACUGCUGCCCCAUCGGCACUUUGCAUCAUGCCUAUGGAUGAUUCGUCAUCCGGUGGCAUGGCCCUCUUCCUACACAUCGGCUUGAACUCGGGUGUCCACUUGCGAACAGUAUUGGACGAGGUUACUGGCGAAUUGUCCGACUCUCGACUUAAAUUCUUGGGACCCAAAGCUGUCAAGCUGUUUGAAGUUAGCGUGAAGCAAAAGAAAUGUGUCCUUGCACUUAGCUCCUCUCCAUGGCUUGGAUAUGCCGAUCCAAUUACUGGCGGCUUCAUGAUGACACCGCUCGUAUACCCUGAGCUAGAAUGGGGUUGGAGCUUCACCAGCCAGCAGUGUGAAGAGGGCAUUGUUGGUAUUCAAGAAAACUUCCUGCGCAUCUUUUCGGUCGAAAACCUACGAAAGAACAUGAUACAAAAGUCAACAACACUCACAUAUACACCACGAAAACUCCUCAAACACCCCGAGGAGUCAUUCUUUUACAGUAUUGAAUCCGAAAACAAUACACUGGAACCAAAGCUGAGAGAGCAACUUCUCGGCGAUCCCAAUUUGACCAAUGGUGAUACCAAGGUUCUACCCGCUGAAGAAUUUGGCCACCCCAAGGGUCGCGGACGAUGGGCCUCGUGUAUUAAUGUUAUCGAUAUGACUGACGGAGAACCUUCUGUUGUUAAGACUAUUGAUUUUGAAGGAAAUGAAGCCGCCGUCAGCGCCGCUGUUGUCUCGUUUACGAGCCAAGAUAGCGAAAGUUUCUUGCUGGUUGGUACUGGCAAAGACAUGGUUCUCAACCCUCGAGCGUCAUCUGAGGGCUACAUUCACGUCUAUAGAUUCCAAGAAGGCGGCAAAGACCUCGAAUUUAUCCACAAGACGAAACUCGGUGAACCCCCAACCGUACUACAUCCCUUCCAGGGCCGUGUCCUCGUGGGUCUCGGCAAAGCGGUACAGAUCUACGACCUGGGAAUGAGACAAAUGCUACGAAAAGCACACGCCGAGUUAGCCUCACAGCUCAUCGUGUCGUUGGAGUCCCAAGGUAACCGUAUCGUUAUUGGUGAUGUUCAGCAGGGUGUCACCAUGGCCGUAUACAAGCCUGAUACAGGCAAGAUUAUGGCGUUUGUCGAUGACAACCUUGCCCGAUGGACUACAUGCACAACCAUGGUCGACUACGAAACUGUCGCCGGUGGUGACAAAUUUGGAAACCUUUGGAUCGUUCGCUGCCCCGAGAAGGCUAGUUUGGAAGCCGACGAGCUUGGUUCUGAGAACCACCUUAGCAACGGCCGCCAAUAUCUGCAUGGUACUGCGAACCGUGUCAACCUCAUGGCACAUGUCUAUGUUCAAGAUAUUCCUACGAGCAUUCACAAGACUAGUCUGGUUGUCGGUGGACAGGACAUCGUUGUUUGGUGUGGUCUGCAAGGUACCAUUGGUGCUUUGAUUCCUCUUCAGAGCCGCGAGAAUGUCGACUUCUUCCAAAGCCUAGAGAUGCAUAUGCGCACUGAGGAUCCUCCCUUGGCUGGCCGUGACCACCUGAUGUACCGGGGCUACUAUGCACCUGUCAAGGGCGUCAUUGAUGGUGAUCUGUGUGAGCGAUUUGCACUGCUUCCCAAUGACAAGAAGCAAGUGAUUGCUGGUGAGCUGGAUCGAUCAGUGCGAGAGAUUGAGCGCAAGAUUUCGGAUUUGCGAUCUCGCUCGGCGUUUUAAAUGGAGAUUGGAUUUCUGGCUGUAUGAUUACUCUUUUUUGGUAUCUGGUGAUAUUUUGAUACGUUUUGAUUGCGGAUUUUAUAUUGGUGGCGGAAGGAUGCUGAAUCCAGGUACUGGCCAUUGCAUAGUAAGGCGUUUAUUAACGAGAUGUACCCCAAAAAUAAGAUGUGGAAAAUGCGUACUCGCAGUGGGUUAGAAAAGCAAUGUGAAAUAAAAGCACUAUACAAAAACACCUUCUGUAGCAUACAUUGAAUUGGCCACUACGGGUAAAUAGAGUACAGCACCGAUGACGCACGUAACAAUGGGUUGCUGCCCACUGUAAAGAGAAGCCUAAGCCCGCCUAACCACGCAGCCUCGCCUCCGCGGCGCGCCACCGGGUGGCAGUGCACCGCUCCACCGCCCAGGCCGUUCCCGGCGCUGUCGGCGGCAAAUUGUCGGCUUCCCCCAG